CAGGCCGAUCCUGUUGACCAAGCAGACUAGACUACUCCGUAACCAAAGCCUAGCAGCGCGCACGCACUGUAGGAACCCGACACUCCGAAUCUGAUUUUGUAUUCCUCGUGUCCGUUCUUGUCACCUCUUCAGAACCCAUUGGAUGAGAAGGUCGGUGAACAGGGACCGCUACCGGGUGUGUGGGAAUGCUGCAUGCGCCUUGUUUCUGUUAUUCCGUCUCUAAGGAGACGGGCAGGGAGAGGGAGGAAUUGUGGGGAAGUAGGUUAAUAAAUUGCACUUUAUAGGCACACUUGUGCUGGUCUAUGGAAACAUUURUGAAAUUACAUUGCAUAGGACCUCCUUGACCGUCCAGUUUUAAAACGCAGGUAAUUUGUCACCGCUGUAUCAUUGUAUUAUCACAUUUUUAACUGGACUGUUGACUGAAGAAGAUUUUACCCGCACUUUGUUAACAGACUGAAUUUGAAACACACAAACAAUCGCAUAUAAAAGGCUACCCAAAAGUAGGCUAUCGAUUUAAAUGAAACCGAGCGUAGUCGGGUAGUAUYCUCAACUGGCCCAAACCACCCAUUAAAUGACAUCCGUGGAUCUGACCGUUCGSCCCAGUCCUGGUCCUAACCCAGGUCCUCACAGCGUGACACAGUGGCAACUGAGCGGGACAGACUACCAACCCCAGUCGGCCCUGAGGCAUCGCAGCUCGGUCACAGGGACAGCCGACACCCGCUUCAGUGCCUGGACACCCAUCAUGAACAAGACCUCCAACCACCAGUUGUUUGAGGAGCGGACGACCCUGGUGCUUCACUGGGUUUGACCUUUGGACUGACCGCAGAGAAAAGUCUUCCUGCAGGCGCUGUUGUCACAAUGCUCCAACUCCCAGCUCAAGUCCUGCAGGGAUUGGCUGAUGCAGAUCGUGCCGGUGAUGCGCGUGGACUUCACCUCCGUGUUGCCACGGUUCCUGUCUCUUUAUGUGAUGUCAUUCCUGACCCCUCGUGACCUCUGCUCUGCCGCACAGGUCAGCUGGCAUUGGAGGGUCCUGGCUGAACAGGACUGUCUCUGGUCGGUGAGGUGUGUGCGCCGGGGCUGGUUCCUGCCCUAUAAUCCAGGGGAAAGAGAGUAUGGUGGCUGGAAGAGCCACUAUGUGUCCUGUGUGUCCACUCUGGACUGGCUGACACCCAGAGAGGCAGCACAAACGUACGGCACCCUCAACAUGCCCUGCUCAGGAGAGCGGGAGGAGGAGGAGGAGAGACGCAGGGAGAGGAGGAUCAGACACACCAUCAGGGAGAGAGUGGAGGAGCAGAAGAGAGCUUCGCUGAAGUCCAGACCAGCCUGGAGGAGCAACAGCAACAGACCAGGGGGAAUAGUGGUCAGCCGUCCCGGGAGAGAGGCUGGUGCCUGGGAGAACGAGGAGCUUUCAGGCCUCUCCCUCCUGGUUGUCAGACAGAACGGGACGUUUCUGUUAACCCCUGACGUCAGCCUUAACUUGACCCCCACUCUGACCCUGGAGAAGACCCAGCUCUCCAGCCAUGUGAGGUCCCAGGCCAUGAGGUCCUGCAGGGAUUGGCUGAUGCAGAUCGUGCCGGUGAUGCGCGGGAUCUUCACCUCCGUGUUUGCCACGGUCCUGUCUCUUUAUGUGAUGUCAUUCCUGACCCCUCGUGACCUCUGCUCUGCCGCACAGGUCAGCUGGCAAUUGGAGGGUCUGGCUGAACAGAGUUGGGGUCAGAGGGUGGCAGCCAGGGUGGAUGAUGGAUUAGAUACAGAGUUGGGGUCAGAGGUGGCAGCCAGGGUGGAUGAUGGAUUACAUACAGAGUUGGGAUCAGAGGUGGCAGCAGCAGUGGAUGAUAUCUCCUUCUUCUGUGUUCUCCCCAGGAGCUUCGCUGCAAAAACCAGUAACGGCGACGUCUCCCUUUCUUGCUUUGACAUCCCUCCUCGGCUCAUCGCCCAGCCUUAA